AUGGAAAAUGAAGUGUUUUCUUUCCAAGAGUUUGGAUUCCAUGGAGUUGAAGCUAAAUUUAGUUGUUCUGAUAAAAUGGUGGAGAGUAUGGAAGAAGAAAAUGGUGGGAAACAAUUCAAUUUUAAUGGAGAAGAAGAUUGGUGUCCUGACUUUGGUUUCUAUAAAGAGGACUCAUCAGAGGAAGGAUUCCUUCUCUUCAAGUAUCAACAACAAGAAGAUUCUGGGUCUCUUGAUGACCAGCACUUCGAUAUUGUCUCACCACCGCUUCAAACAUGUCUGGAGGAAAUUCAAAAGCUUGGUGAAUUCACAACACUAAUUCCACAAGUUGUACCCAGGAAGGAAAAGCGGCAGCCAUUUUCUCUUGCCUCACUCGAGCUCCUAAACAACUUUGGAAAUGGGUUCAAACGGCUGCAUGGGGAUAGCAAAAUUGAGCCAAGCAAUGACAUGCCAUGCGCAAAGGUGGAGGAAGGCCGGAAAUUGUCGACCGAGGAAGUCAUGAGGCUAGCUGGAGCAAAUUUCAUCCAGUCCUCCUCUUCCCAAACAGCUGAUGUUUCCAUGCUUAGCCAUCCUUUUGAUUCUUCCUUCUAUGGCCUCUCCAAUGAAGAGACCAAAGAUGUGGCGCUUGUUGAAUUCCUUUUCUCUUCUGCUGAGAAAGUAGGGUGUCAGCAGUUCGACCGGGCAAGCAGGCUGCUCAGCCAGUGUGAUGACUGGUGUUCCAAUACAGGGAACCCUGUUCAGCGAGUGGUUUACUAUUUCUCUAAAGCUCUCCGGGAGAAGAUUGAUCGAGAAACAGGAAGAAUCACAUCAAAGGACUUGGGAAAAAGACUGUGUUUUGAUGUGGAUGAGGCAAUGAUGAAUUCAGAUCACGCCAUUCUUGCGUCUCAUGAAGGUAUUCCCUUCUCUCAGAUUUCACAAUUUUCUGGUAUCCAAGCAAUUGUGGAAAGCAUGGCUGAGGCAAGGAAGAUUCACAUAGUUGAUCUAGCUAUUCGGAAUGGGAUGCAGUGGACAGUCUUAAUGCAAGCUCUUGCAACUCGAUAUGAAUGCCCUCUUGAGCUUCUCAAGAUUACUGCUGUUGGAACAACUUCAAAACAUAUAAUUGAAAGAACAGGUAAGCGGUUGGCAAGUUUUGCAGAGACCAUGAACAUAGCCUUUUCUUUUAAGGUAGUUAUGGUAUCAGACAUGUUGGAUCUCAAAGAACAUCUUUUUGGGGUAGAAGCUGAUGAAAGAGUCGCUUUCUACUCUGAAUACUUCCUGAGGAGCAUGAUUCUAGAGCCAAAGCGGUUGGAAUCUAUAAUGGGUGUUGUCAGAAGUAUCAAUCCAUGCAUAAUGGUUGUCACUGAGGUUGAGGCAAACCACAAUUCACCUGCUUUUGUGAACCGUUUCAUUGAAGCCCUUUUCUUCUUCAGUGCAUACUUUGAUUGCCUAGAAACUUUUAUGAAAAGGAAUGAUCCAAACAGAAUGAUCAUAGAAUCAUUAUUCUUUGGUGAGGGAAUCAGAAGUAUAGUGGCUGAAGAGGGAGAGGGAAGGAAGAUUCGACAUGUAAAGAUUGAUGUCUGGAGAGCAUUUUUUGCCUGGUUUGGAAUGGUGGAUACAGAAUUAAGCAUGUCAUCGUUGGACCAAGCACGCCUGGUGAUUAAGAAAUUUGAUUGUGAGAAGUCUUGCACGCUUGAUAUGAAUGGGAAAUGCCUGAUUAUUGGGUGGAAGGGUACACCAAUUCAUUCUCUUUCUGUCUGGAAAUUCCUUUGACAAUACUUUUGCCUUUUUACAACCCUGUUUUAUUUAACUUGACAAUUAUGUGAAAGAUGC